GUCCGAUUAUGGUAAAAGUGUGUGUAGUAGGUUGUUUGCAUGGAGAGUUAGACUGUGUGUACGCUGACAUCGCUGAAGCCGAACAACAGGGUCAGUUUAAAACUGACCUAGUUUUAUGCUGUGGUGAUUUUCAGGCUGUUCGCAAUCCAGGUGAUUUAACCACAAUGAGUAUUCCAUCUAAAUAUUACCGUAUGGGUGAUUUUUGGAGGUAUUAUGCUGAAGAAAGUAGGGCGCCUUAUUUAACAUUGUUUGUUGGAGGUAAUCAUGAAGCAUCUGGUUAUCUGCAGGAAUUACCAUAUGGUGGUUGGGUCGCUCCGAACAUCUGGUAUAUGGGUUAUGCUGGUGUUGUCCAGUUUGCUGGAUUACGAAUUGCUGGUUUAUCAGGUAUAUACAAACAACAUGAUUAUACCAUGUGUCAUUAUGAACAUCCACCAUACUCAGAAGCAACAAAACGUUCUGUAUAUCAUGUAAGAAAUUUGGAAGUUUUCCGACUUGGACAAAUUCGUCGACGUUUAGAUAUAUUAAUGAGUCAUGAUUGGCCUCGAGGGAUAUAUCAUUAUGGAAAUUCAAAUCAGUUGAUUAGAAAAAAACCACAUUUUCGCAAUGAAAUAGAAUCAGACUCAUUAGGUAGUCCACCUGGUGAACAGCUGUUAUGUCGUUUAAAACCAAGAUAUUGGUUUUCAGCUCAUUUACAUUGUAAAUUUUCAGCAGUUGUUGAACAUUCUGAAUCUAAAACCAACAAAUCACGUAUCACUCACUUUCUAGCUCUUGAUAAGUGUUUACCAAAUCGUCACUAUUUACAAUUCUUAGAUAUUGAGCCGGAAUUGAAAUAUGAUGAAAGUUCACUGAAUUCCGAUUCUAAUUUAUCUUCAUCUUCACAAAUUGGAGAUGAUCCAGUAAUUGUCAGCCUUUCUAAAUGCAACAAUUCAGAAAAAGAUUUGAAACCCAAUGAACCUAAUAACAAUGCUAAUUUGACUGAUGAAAUAUGCACCAAUUUAUAUCUUGAUCCUGAAUGGUUAUCCAUUUUGAGGUCAACAAAUCAUUUGAUGUCCACUAGCAAAGUCCCUUGUAUUCUUCCAGAAAAAGAAACCAGCGAACGUUGUGACUUUUCCGCUACUGACGAUGAAAUUCAAUCUUUGUAUGAUCCAUUUGGUGGAAAUUUUCAAAUUCCUGAUAACUUUGAACGUACUGCUGCAAUUCACAAACCAAAUGAAACUGGUCAUAUAACUACUACACACAGUAUGUCUACAUCAAUGAGUUUAAUUCAACAAGCAAAUGUUUUAGGCAAAGAUCAACAACUUUUUUCCAAUCCACAAACAGAACUUCUCUGUGCUAUGCUUGAUUUAAUCAAUCCAAAUGCACUUUUUCUUGGUAAACAAUCAUACAGUUUGCUAGAAUUGUCAGCACAAUUACAAUCUAAAAAAAAUGAAGAAGAAGAAGACGAUGAUGAUGAUGAAGUUGAUGAUAAUCUAGAAGAAGGUAUUUGCGAAAAUAAUGUGAAAAAUAACACAAAUCCACUUGAUGUUAAUAAAUAUCCAUCAGAUGUUAGUGCUAGUUGGGUCACUUCAGACUCGUAUGUCAAAGAGAGUUUUACAGAGUAUGAUCCAAUGAAUAGCGCUUUUGUAUCAAAUGUUAAUCAAUCUAGUCAUAUUUCUAUUAGCAGUACAAAUCUAUAUGAUAGUGUUGUAAGCCAAAAUCCUGAAGAAUUACUAUUAGAUGAUAUUGAAGAUAAUGACGAUGAUGAUGAAUGUCCAAAUGAAUCUCAUCCUGUAAAUAUCUCUCAAUACGAUGCUAGUUAUUCUCAGUCUACAGAGUUAAAUAAAUCAGAACAAGUGUACAUUCCACAACUUUUUUCUGAUUCUUAAUUAUUUAAUCGACAAAAUACAAUGUUUCAUUUGUAAAUUAUGAACAAGGUGUUUGUUCAGUCUUAUUUGAAAAUUAAUUUCAUAUUUUGAUAGGAUUCCUAUUUGUAAAUGUCUUUUAAUCCUUAAAUUUAACAGUUUUGUAUACCAUAUAGCUUAAAUCCUAUCAAUAUUUAUCGUUUAAUAUUGUUAACGGUAAAAAUAUAGUUUAAAAAGAAACUUUGUUAAGAUACUGUUCAAAGUUUACCAUUAAUAGUUUCCAAAAAGUGUUGGAUCGAACCCUUGGGUCCUAUAUAGAGUUUGUAUUGACCUUUAAUCCCAUCUUGACUAGAUAAAAUGUCAAGUAUACUUUUGUGUAAUUUCAAUCAAAUGUCUUCGAUAUGAGUUUGUGCACAUGAUAUCAUGCGUGAUGAGUGGUCUUGCAUUUGGUGAAUGGUUGAUUUUAGUAACAUUUCUGUUACUAAUUUACUGAAUUAUACUGAAGAAAUUCUGUCAGCCGACUGGUGCCGAACAUGGUGUUAUUGUUGUUGAGUGUUUUAUUUUUUCCUAUUCUCGCCAUUUCAAAAAUUAGAUUUUGAUUAUUAUCACAUGUUUUCGUUUAAAUCACCUUUGUUUUUUACACUGAAAUUUCUAAAAGGCGUUCUUUUGGAGUUUUUAUAGUUUAUCGUGAUAUCACAAUGUGUACAUCAGAACUUUCAUAGUCAGUUCACGUUGUAAACAGUGAUGUUCACUUUCACUUCUUGAACUAAAAUUCUGAAUGAGGUGUUUUUUAAUGACCAAAAUCUUUAUAUGAAAUUAUGUCCCGAUGUGUUUCAUCAGGCAAAGAUGAGCUUGUACUUACUUGAGGAGUGUAAUAACUCUUAUAACUAAAUAAAUAGUUAUGCCUCCUACUUAUGAACCAUUCAUCAUUUUAUUGAUGUUAUCAACGGCUGUCCAUUAUAAAUACGUCAGUGUAACGCUUCCUAACGUGCUGGAUGGUAGAAAAAACAAAUGAAGUAAAAGCUAGUGCUUGAAACAAAAUCUUCGGUGAGAAUUACACUCUUAGACUGAAGACCAACAUAAUAAACAAACGGGAGAAAUGCUUUUUAUUGCACACAUUGAAAAACGGAUACAUAACAUCGUGAAUUCAGUCAAAACACUAUGAAUAAUGUGAAAUGGCAACAUUGAAGUCUG